AUGCAAUUUAGAGUCUUGUUGGCGCUUGCCGCAACCCUGGGCGUUGCUCUUUCCGCCCCAGUCGACAGUCUGAAGCAGCGUGAUCUGGCAGUCAAGAGAGUGCAGGCUUCCCCGGCGGAAAACACAAUGUACUACGACGAAGACUUCGACGAAUCGGUUGUCAAACGCGAGGAAGCAUCUCCAGCAGAAAACACUAUGUACUACGACGAGGACUUUGACGAAACGGCGGUCUAG